AGGAAGCAGUUUGAAUGAGAGCAGCGACUUCCACGCUCGUCACCUCGGCGCAGCAUUAAAUCCGAAAGACAAUCAAACAUUGGGCAGCAGGUUUACAGCGUCGCUCUUUAAUUUGCUCAACAUCCCUAAAUCCCCAAUACCAAACAAACAAACAAACAAACAAAAAAACCCAAUCACACCUGUAAUAUUUUUGGGUGUGGCGAUAACUUGGCUGUGAAAGUUUAAAGUUAAAACUCAGGUAGUUGUUUGGAGCAUGGCUGACAGUGCAGCGGCCAACAGCGACGGCGAGGAUGGACCCCGACAGCCCAUGAGGGGCUUCGCCCGCCAAGGAGCGCUCCGUCAGAAGAACGUCCACGAAGUGAAGGACCAUAAAUUCAUCGCACGCUUCUUCAAGCAGCCCACCUUCUGCAGCCACUGCACCGACUUCAUCUGGGGGUUUGGCAAGCAGGGAUUCCAAUGUCAAGUGUGCUGUUUUGUGGUGCACAAACGUUGCCAUGAGUUUGUCACUUUCUCCUGCCCAGGAGCUGAUAAAGGUCCAGCUUCAGAUGAUCCAAGGGCGAAGCACAAGUUUAAGAUCCACACUUACUCCAGUCCGACAUUCUGUGACCAUUGUGGUUCUCUGCUGUAUGGUCUUAUUCACCAAGGCAUGAGAUGUGACCAUUGUAUGAUGAACAUCCAUAAACGCUGUGUGGCCAAUGUGCCGAGUCUGUGUGGAACAGACCACACUGAGAGAAGAGGUCGUAUUUACAUCAGUGCUGAGAUCAAGACUAACGUGCUUACUGUGACCAUCAAAGAGGCCAGGAAUCUUGUCCCAAUGGAUCCCAACGGUCUGUCAGAUCCGUACGUGAAGCUCAAACUGAUCCCAGACCCUCGCAGUGAAAGUAAACAGAAGACCAAGACCAUUAAGUGCUGUCUCAACCCCGUCUGGAAUGAGACCUUUAAAUUCCACCUGAAGGAGUGCGAUAAGGACCGUCGUCUUUCCGUGGAGGCUUGGGAUUGGGACCUGACUAGCCGCAAUGACUUCAUGGGAUCACUGUCCUUUGGCAUCUCAGAGCUGCAAAAGCAGGGAGUGGACGGAUGGUUUAAGAUGCUCUCCCAGGAAGAAGGAGAGUACUUCAAUGUUCCCGUUCCGCCGGAGGGGGAGGAGGGCAACGAGGAGCUUCGGCAGAAAUUUGAGAGGGCUAAAAUUGGUCCGAGCAAGAACACUGAAGGCAAAUCUGCCAAUGCCGCUCGCUUCGACUCCAAUGGCAACCAAGAUCGCAUGAAGCUGUCUGAUUUCAACUUCCUUAUGGUGCUGGGAAAGGGCAGCUUUGGCAAGGUGAUGCUUGCUGAGCGUAAAGGGACGGAAGAUUUGUAUGCAAUUAAGAUCCUGAAGAAGGAUGUGGUGAUCCAAGACGAUGACGUGGAGUGCACCAUGGUGGAGAAGAGGGUCUUAGCGCUGUCGGGAAAGCCACCCUUCUUAACACAGCUGCACUCCACAUUCCAGACCAUGGACCGCUUGUACUUUGUCAUGGAGUACAUUAAUGGUGGAGAUCUCAUGUAUCAGAUUCAGCAGGUCGGGAAGUUCAAGGAGCCCCAUGCUGUAUUCUACGCUGCAGAGAUUGCCAUUGGCUUGUUCUUCCUGCAUCAAAAGGGCAUCAUCUACAGAGACCUCAAGCUGGACAAUGUAAUGCUGGACUGUGAGGGUCACAUUAAAAUCGCCGACUUUGGCAUGUGUAAAGAAAAUAUGAAUGAUGGAGUCACUACCAAAACCUUCUGCGGAACACCUGACUACAUAGCACCAGAGAUCAUCGCUUACCAGCCUUAUGGGAAAUCUGUGGACUGGUGGGCAUUUGGAGUUCUCCUUUAUGAAAUGCUGGCUGGACAGCCUCCAUUUGAUGGCGAGGAUGAGGAUGAGUUAUUUCAGUCCAUCAUGGAGCACCAUGUGUCCUAUCCCAAGUCCAUGUCCAAGGAGGCUGUGGCUAUCUGUAAAGGGUUGAUGACCAAGCAUCCAGCCAAGCGACUAGGCUGCGCUCCAGAGGGGGAGAGAGACAUCAGGGACCACAGCUUCUUCCGCUACAUGGACUGGGAGAAGUUGGAGAACAAGGAGGUGCAGCCGCCCUUCAAACCCAAAGCUAAGAGCCGUCGUGACACGUGCAACUUUGACAAAGAGUUCACAAAGAUGCCGGUGGACCUGACGCCUACAGACAAGCUGGUCAUCAUGAACCUGGACCAGGAUGACUUCAUGGGUUUCUCCUACACAAACCCGGAAUACGAGGCUCCCAACUAAAGCUGAGAGGACUGCCGACGAGAGAGGCGACACGUGUUAGGGCGCAUGAAUGGUAUUGUAAAACUCAACUUGCACAAUACACUGGAUACCAAAGACUUUCAACGUAUUGUGUGAAAAAGAACUGAAAAACAUCCGAUGUUUAUACAGGUGACGUUGAAUCAAAUAUAGUUAGGAAUAAUUUGUUAGCCCUAAAUGGGUAUUUGCUCUCUUUCCCAUUCUUAUGCUCUGACUAUAUUGUAAUAAGUAUAGAUGUUUAUGGCAUUGAUUUUUUUUUUUUUUGAAGAGAUAUUUGAAAAUGAUUUUAAAUUCAUGCUGUUUUUGAGCAAAGUGCUACCAUAUGUAAGUGUGUGUUUAAUUCUUCAAACUCAUAAACUACUGAAAUGUAAUGUGACAACAGGCUAAAAAUUAGGGAAAAAAUAUAAACAAUCUUUGCUAGUCGUUUAAUUUGAUAGAGUGAUAUGAAAACAUGUAAUCCAAUGCAGGUAGAUUAUAGAUGUCCGAAAAUGUGGCUCUUAAUAACUAAAUCAUGACCCUUUUUAAAGAGUUUAUCGCUAGUAGAGAUCCAAUUCAUUUGCAGUGGGAGGGUUGGCAGCAAAUUAAUGAACAUUUUAGGGCCUUCAGUGGCAGCCAAUGACUUAAGAAAUGAAAUGAAAUAUUUUCUUUCUCUGAUGCCAAGAGGCACCCUCCCAUCAAUUGGUUUAUCGCUAGUGGACCUCCAAUCCAUUGGAAGUGUGAGGGUGCCAACCCUUCAACUUCCAAUGACUUGGACGUCUAUUGCUGUCAAUGGAAACCAAUGAGUUAAACUUAUUUUCAGAAAGGGAAAACUGGGCUGUCUAAAAUGUGAUGUAAUUCGUGCUCCUCGGUGUAGUUUGAUGAACUACUUACAAAGGCACCAAGGAACUAGUUUGAAUUGUGGGAAAAUUCUUAUUUUUUUUUUCUUGAAGGAUGGUGUAAUCCAAAGAUUAUUAAUUACAUCCAGAGGUGGGUAGUAAUGUGUUACAUCUACUCCGUUAUACUGUAUUAUACUUGAGUAACAUUUUGAGAAAAGUGUACUACUAGGGGUGGUUUUACGAGGCCAUACUUUUUACUUUUACUUGAGUAGAUUGGUGAAGAAACGCUACUCUUACUCCGCUACUUUUGGUGUCCACUAGUCCUUACAUUUUUCCUCUUUAUUCUACAUAUUAGCAUUUACUUUUUUUUCCCCAGCAAUGCCAACAGUGGCUCUAUCAGUUUCACCAAUGAGAUGUCAUGACAAUAAUCACAUGACUCCACUAUACCAAUCAGACUCAAGCUUGCCAUUCUAUGAUCACACCAGCCUGUUCAAUUACGUGGCGUCUUUAAAGCACUGUAAAAAAAUAAUAAUAAUAAUAAUAAGUAUUUGACAUAGAGUGCCCUCAACAUGACUCAAAAGUUGUGGAUUUUUAAUAAUGCAUAUAUGUUUGCUUAAAAGUUGGUGGGGAACAUUUGAGCAUCCUGAAAAGUUGGUAGUGUUAUGUUCCUACCACACUAUGCAAACCUACGCCCUUAUUGUAGAGGCAUGCACUUUUACAUCAACAGUAGCAAGAGCCUGCUGUAGGUCCCAUGGUGACAUUUUAGGGUUUUUCGAGACUUCUUUUAGCAUCUUGCGGUCUGCUCUUGGGGUGAACUUGCUUGGAUGGCCAGACCUGGGCAUGUUGGCAGUUGUUUUAAAUGUCCUCCACUUGUAGACUAUUUUCCAGACAGUGGAAUGGCGGUUUUAUAUUCUUUUGAGAUCUUUUGAAAUCCCUUACCAGAUUCAAAAGUGUCUGCAAUCUUCUUUCUGAAGACCUCAGACAGCUCCUUUGAUUUCACCCUGCUGUUUUCUCUCACUUCAACAGCCAGUCACUGUUGAAAGUAUUCUGCGUUGAGGAGUGGGGCAAACCGUCUUCAGACAGAUGUCAAAGACUGGUAGAUGGCUACAAAAAGCGUCUGUCUCACUGAAGUUAUUUCAGCCGAAGGGUGUAACACUAGCUAUUAGGUGGUAGGUGGAAUGGUCUGUUGUGUUGUAAGUUGUUUUUUUCCCUUGCCAAAAUCCUUUGUUUUUCUUUAAAUUUUAUUUUAUUUAUUUAUUUAUUUAUUUUUCAUUGGCUUAAUGGAGUUAUGUAAUAGGUUAUAGUACAUUAUAAUAAUAACAGUUCAUAUAGAUUGUGCUAAGGAAAAAAACAUACAGUUGAAAAUAAUCUCACGCCCCAAGCAGUAACUCAGAAUGUUACUCAUUACUUGAGUAUUUUUUCACCAAAUACUUUUUUACUUGUACUUGAGUACAUUUUUUUGGAUGACUACUAUUAAUUCAGUAAUAUUAUAUUGAAGUAACACUACUCGUACUUGAGUAAAGUUUUUGGCUACUCUACCCACCUCUGUACAUGUACAAGUACAACCUUCGUACUUUUUCUGAACAUUGUAUGUUCAAUCCCAAACUCCCUUACUUUGGAGGCUCUUCUGUAUUAUAAUGAGCCAGCUGUAAAGUAGCUAGUUGUAAAUGUAAGAACGGUAGAGAAAGCUUACGUUUAGGGAGCAGAUCCAGCCAGUGGUUCUGCAGAAAUGGUCAGUGUUUUCCUCCACUCUCAACAUAAACCAUGACUGUUCUCAUUUGCGAAUCUUGACCAUUGUUGCCUUUUUCAAUCAUGGCACUGUGGAAAUGCUGACACAUCACUGAGGAAAAAAAUGCCUAAUGAGCAAACUUCUUUGAAACAUUUUCUCAUGUCCCCUCUGCACAGAGACUCUCCCAUCCCCCCUUUAAUUAUUUCCAUUUGCUCAGUAAUCCUUGGUUCUGUCGAGGCCCACUGGGGAGCCGCAAAUGAUGUGAUGUCAAAAGGUUGUGGCAGUCACCAAUUGGGCGCGAACGCACACACAGCAGCUGAGGAGAUGCUUUGACAACUCCCAAAUGAGCCAUUUUGCAAACAGCAAUAACAUCAGCAAGGCUGCUGAUACACACACACACACAACACAAUUGCGCGAGUUUAAAAAUAUGCGCAUAUUGACUAACUAACUGACGUUUGGAAGAUGCAAAAUCUGUGUGAAAUCAAGGCCACAUUAUUUCAAAUUCAGCAAAUCUGCCCUCCAGUCUUUAAGCACAUUAGAAUGCCCGCGUGCCCCUGCACUGCACUACACUUACUGUACUGCGUCGUUUUUACACUGCCAUACUGUACGGGCAUGAUUGAGACUUGAAAUUAUCUGGUGAAGCGUAACAAGGAGAACAAUGACAAUGUUUCCUCCUGGAGGCAUACAACAUUCACUCAGCACUCACAUACAGUAUACAGUAAACCACUUUCAUACUUAUAAGGCACAUGUAAAGUGUUUAACCUAAACACAUUGUAUUUUUUAAACUGUCAUCUAUGAUGUUAUCAAUGUAAAAGGAAAUAUUCUGUUUUAAGCCUUUCAGGGACACAGGUCACUUCGGUGGACAUCUAUUCAAAAGUUAUUAGCCUAACUGCCAGCCCAGGUUAUGGAGUAUGUAGUUGUAGUAGUUGGUAAAAGAGGGGGAAAUUAUACUGAAAACACUUGUAGAUGGCAAUAGCCAUUUAUUUGCCUCAAUGGCAGCCAAACAGUUAAGCUAUGUGAGUUUUCAUUUAAUUUAGAAUUUAUCCAGAAAUCACAAUGUAUGAUUUUUUUUUUUUUUUUUUAAGCUUGAACACCUGAGAAAACGAACGUUAACAACUGGCACAGUAGCAUUUGUUUGCAAUUACAGAGGUCGAACCUUUCCUUUAGUUUUUCACCAGGUUUGCACACACUGCAGGAGGGAUCUUGGCCCACUCCUCCACACAGAUCUUCUCUAGAUCAGUCAGGUUUCUGGGCUGUCGCUGAGAUACACAGGGUUUGAGCUCCCUCCAAAGGUUUUCUAUUGGGUUUAGGUAUGGAGACUGGCUAGGCCAUGCUAGAACCUUCUUACGGACCCACUCCUUGGUUUUCCUGGCUGUGUGCUUCGUGUCAUUGUCAUGUUGGAAUACCCAGCCACGACCCAUCUUUAAUGCUCUAACUGAGGAAAGGAGGUUGUUUCCCAAAAUCUCACAAUACAGGGCCCCAGUCAUCCUUUAAUACAGUGCACUCGUCCUGCCCCAUGCGCAGAACACCUCCAACGAUGAUGCUACCACCCCCACUUUUCACAGUAGGGAUGGUGUUCUAGGGAUAGUACUUAUUGUUCUUCUUCCUCCAAUCACAUUUAGUGGAAUUAUGACCAGAAAGUUCUAUUUUGCUCUCAUCUGACCACAAAACUUGCUCCCACGACUCCUCUGCAUCAUCCAAAUGGUCAUAGACAAACUUAAGAUGGGCCUUGACAUGUGCUCGUUUAAGCAGGGGAAACUUCCAUGCCAUGUUUGAUUUCAAACCAUGACGUCUUAGUGUAUUACCAACAGUAACCUUAGAAACUGUGGUCCAAGCUCUUUUCAGGUCAUUGACCCCCUCCUGUCGUGUAAUUCUGGGCUGAUUCUUCACCUUUUAGGAUCAUUGAGACCCCACGAGGUGAUAUCUUACAUGGGGCUCCACUCUGAUUGAGAUUGACGAUCAUGUUUAGCUUCUUCCAUUUUCUAAUAAUUGCUCCAACAGUGGACCUUUUUUCACCAAGCUGCUUGGUAAUUACUCCGUAGCCCUUUUCAGCCUUAUGGAGGUGUACAAUUUUGUCUCUGGUGUCUUUGGACUGCUCUUUGGUCUUAGCCAUGUUACAAGUUUGAGUCUCACUGAUUGUAUGGGGUGGACAGGUGUCUUUAUGCAGCUAUCGACCUCAAACAAGCACAUCUAAUUCAGGAUGUUACGUGGAGAGGAGGUGGACUUUUAAUAGGCAGACUAAUAGGUCUUUCAGGGUCAGAAUGCGAGCUGAUAAACAGCUAAUCAAAGACUUAUUUGCAGCUGUAUCACACACAUAAAUUGUUAAAAAAUCAUGCAUUGUGAUUUGUGGAUUUUUCUUUUUAGAUUAUCUCUCUAUCUCUCUCUAUGUGGACAUGCACCAACUAAGAAAAUUUCAGAUGCCUCCAUGAUUUCUAAGUGGGAGAACUUGCAAAAUAGCAGGGUUUUCAAAUACUUAUUUUCUUCA